AGUAUAGAUUCACGCGCGAACGCGCAAACAGGCGCUGUGAUAGUUUACAUCAACAAAUGCGGAAGGAACAGCGCAUACGCAGUUUGUUUACAAACAAGAACCUUUUUUAUUUACAUUCUUGCACGAGUCUUUCUAUUAAGUAUUAGAAUCAACAGACAACAAGAUGUCUACUACCAUAAUGGAUGCUGUUGACCUGGAGACAGAGUACACACCUAGCAGAUGGUCACAACGGUUCAGUACACCACAGGAAGUUCUACAGAAUCACGUGAAACUUGUCACUGCAGCCAGUGAAUUAGCUACGAAUAAUAUCCCUCAUAAGAUUGAAAUAGAAUACGGUUCAACACCUGGUCAAAAACUGGACAUUUUCGGCACAGAUUUACCAAAGGACGCGCCUAUCCUAGUCUUCAUUCACGGUGGGUACUGGCAGGAGCUUUCGAGAGAUUUAUCUCGGUAUCCAGCGCUACCACUCUACCGUUGUAAAGUGAAGACCAUCGUUGUCGGAUACGAUUUGUGCCCGCUCGCAACCCUGGCAGAAAUCAUCCACCAAAUACAGAACGCCGCUAGAUUUGUCUUCGAAUAUGCAGAGAAUAUGGGCAGCAGGGGAGUGUAUUUCGCUGGUCAUUCGGCGGGGGCCCACCUUGUAGCGAAACUCCUCGCUAACUCAGACCUCCUCGACAGCACGAUCGGUUCAGACCGUCUCCAAGCAGCCUUCCUCAUCUCCGGAGUAUACGACCUCCGUGAGUUACUACAUACAUCUGUCAACGAUGCCGUCCAACUGCCUACUGAAUGGGCAAAGCCUUUGUCGCCACUAUUCGACUGUUAUUCUCAUCUCCACACCAGAAAAGUCCGUUUAUACAUUAUAGCGGGUCAAAACGACAGUCCCAGAUUCAAAAAACAGAGCAGAGAGUUCUAUGAACACUUACUAGAUGUAUGCUUGAUUCAGAAUAUGUAUUUAGAAAUCAAAGAUGAUUUUGAUCACUUUGAUAUUGUAGAAUGCCUCUCAAAUGACAAUAAUUAUCUCAAAAAUUUGCUAGUACACGAUAUUAGAAAGCAUCUGUAAUUAUUUAUAGGCUAAGUAAGUGAUGUGCAGGGUCUCGUUUAGAUUUAAGGUGAUUUUAUUUUCUUAAGGUUUUUGUAAACGACCUAUCCGAAGAAUAUUUGACUAGUUGUAUUGAUUUAUCAAAUGAAAUUCUGUCUUUCUAAAAUUUUAAUAACGUUUUUAAUAAUAUUUUCUAUCAGAAUUUGAAUAGAUAAUUGAGUUGCAUAACUAUCAAUUAAUCCUUUACAAUCUUUAACACUAGUGUCAUAGAUAAAUGUGUGAAUUGAAAUGUUAAAUUGUUUUUUGAAAAGUAGAGAUUACACAGACUUUAUUCUUCAGAUAGGUCGUAGAAAAUAUUUAAUUCUGUUCAAUGGGAUUUUAUAAAUAGUGCAUUUACCAUAACACGUAUUCGAUAAGCUUAUUAUAUUAUGUAUUGAAAGUACCAUGUGUGUCUUAUUAGCGUAAAUGAGAAUAAUUUUAAGACUUUUAGGGAUCUUAUCAUUAUAUUUAGAAAAUCUAUGUAAAUUUCAUGAAACUCGAUUGUAUUGCCAUAAAAUAUGUGAAAUAGAAUCCUAUUUAAAAUAUAUGGAGGCUCGGGAAUCGAAAAUGAGUUACGAGUAAUCAAAUCAAGAUCAAAUCAAUAUUAUUUAUUUAGUCUAUGCUGUUCCAUGCAUCUGGAAGGAUAUUAAAAUGUACGUAAGCGUUAAAUCCAUGGUGGGAAUAUUUAUAUACCUGUUUUAUUUUGUAUUUUAUUAAAAAAAAGUCCAAUUGUAAAAUUACGAGAUUAAGUCACUUGCCAUUAUGAUUAUUAAAACAAAAACAAACUGUUC